AUGAAGAGCAAUCCAAAUUGGGAAAGGACACAAGCAGAGAGUCAAGGCCGCGAUCCCGGCACGCUAUCGGGUGUGCUUGCCUGGGAGUGGCAGCUGCAGCAUCGCCUAGCCGGUAUGUACGACUACUGGAGACCUCUCGGACUUAGUGAGGAAGUUGUCUUCAACUCCAUCAACAAGCUCAACAUGAUCAUACUUCCAACCAUGCUAGGUCCUCCCGAGCUGAUCGGAAUCGGCAUGGCGUGUGUGGGAUACAAUGGGCAUUCAGCUGGCAACAACAUGCCCGACUUCCUGCACGCGCACAAGUUUGCGGCAGGAUCUGACUGCUAUAACAUGUUGCUGGGUACACAGACGACCAAGUCCGUUGUCGAGUUUCUUUACGAGCACAGGGCUAUUUUGGGCAGGAAGGUCAUCUCGUCUAUCAUUGUGUACAGCAACGAGCCUGCCGAUCAGGAACUGUAUCCUACAAUGCUGCUUGUGAUCCAAGACUAUACAGAUGACUUGGGAGAGGCGUGGAUCGCAGAGCAGCAGAGACAGCCACGAGCUUGA